AGUGAUUUAGGGGUGGUUCAUGAAAUGAAUGAGGCUCAUGAAAUGAAUGAAAAAAUAUAUAACUGAAAAGGGAUGCCUUGGUUCAUAAAGAAGAAUGGGAUAAGUAAUUAGGAAGCGUGGGUCUUGGGCCACAAAGAAGGAUAAAAUAAUUCAUAACUGGAAAGGAUGGGCUUUGGCUUAUAAAGAGGGAUAAAGAGGGAUAUAAAAUUAAUUACAAAAUAAAAUAUGUGAGGAAAUGGUAUCAUGGAUGAUGAGCAAAAUUUCAAGGUUUUGCAAAACGAGAGUUACUUUUUUUUGAAAAUCCAAGCGAAGUUGCGCGCGGAAUGCAACGUCACGAAUAUGCAAACAUUUUGUUUGCACGGGAAAAUGACAGAAAUUUAAUUAGCGAUUGAAAAUGCGCGAUGCAAUCUAAAUCAACGAUCACUAUUAAUAACGAGAACGAUACAGAUGAAUCGAUGGAUGAGUCUGUUUUCGAGCAGAUAUGCGACACGAUAUUCGUUUUGAUUCCCGAAGAUACGUAAUUAUGAUGGGGUUCUAUGACAGUUCCACGAUUGAAGCAGCUGUUCCUAAGCUGGAGCCAGCUUGGCACCGAAGACAGGGUGCAACUGGAUGCCAAAGUUGCAAGCUGGUGUUGCCCUAAUAGACGACAGCUUUAUAAACCACUGCAGGAGGCUCUGAUUCGAUGGGAGACAGUACAGGACACCCAAGGCGCUCCCGGUUGCGAGCCAGGUAUGGUCUCGUUUUCCUGCGAUCCACAGCUGGAGGAGGAGCUGGUCAGCGUUAUUUACAGCUUGGAACUAUUGUUCACGAAGAACCGAAGGGGCAAAGAGAUCGAUAUGGACUAUGAAAUUGGUCGUUGCACAGACAUCAAAAGGGAGAUGUCCUUGAACUUAAACAGCGAGAGUAAUCUGCGUUCCAUGCUCAGCCCAAAGGAUAGAACACCCCACUCUGUGCACAGUUGUGGUUACAUUGCUGAUUUCAAGAAAUCUGAUGACGAUCUCAGCGGAUAUUUGACUAAUUGAACAUAAAAUUGAUCUUCCACCUUACCUGGAUCAGAUAAUGAAUUUUUAAUCACUUUUCAUCUUUAUUCUUCCAUUCUCCACGCUAUAUACAAAAGAAGGGUGAUCAUUAAAAAUGACUGCAUAAUUUGUGACAUAAAAUAGUUUAUUAAUCAUCGUUAUAAGGGCCAAGGUGUACGAGCAUACAUUCAAAUAAUACAUGUCGAUCAAUUGAUACAACAAAAGUCAAAAAAAAAAAAAAAAAAAAA